AUGCCGCAGGGGUUGAGGCAUCAGAAUCGGUAUCUGUAUCUGUAUUGUACUGAUCAUGCCUCAAAGGCAAACGCUCUUGAGGUUGGACGCGUCGGGCUCAAGAUUCCUGGCGCCGAGGAUGGCUUAGGCGACGCGAGAUAUGGCCUCUCAUUGGCUACCACUGAGCCACCUCGAGAGUUUACCCACAGCGAUCAUGCGUCACAAAUGGCUCAGCCCCUGACUCCCGAUAUCCCAAGCACAAAACCACGAAGCCAUGCUAUACUCCGCAGAAAAGAUCAUGACACAGACUUGGAAGAAAAUGCAAACCUCCUCGAUCACAUCCCCGGCAUCCCAUCCAACACGCGAUUCUCAGGCAAGCCCAUCUCAUCAACAACAUGA